UUUUGCCCCAUUGCAAAUAGAGUAAUACAAGGUAACCCAUGUAAGUAGGGGGUAAAAUCCCAGAUUUAAUCCUUUGAUAACAUAUAUGCCAACAUGUUAGCAUUUAAUAUCAUGAGGCUUUUAAAAUGACACAUUACUAGAGGGAUUGAUACAAAAUGUUCACAUGGGUCUGUGUGGUGCUUUCUUUUGCUUUUUGUUAGCAUCCCAUUUGUUUAGCAUGUUAGAGUUUUAUCAAUUCUCAUCAAGCUUUUGAAAUACAAUGUACAGUCCCCUCCAAAGGUAUUGGAACGGUAAGAUCAAUUCCUUUGUUAUUGUUGUAUACUGAACACAUUUGGAUUUCAGAUCAAAAGAUGAAUAUGAGACAAAGGUUCAGAAUUCCAGCUUUUAUUUUCAUGGUAUCUAGAUCUGUUAAACACUGACACAACAAGAACCUUUUGUUUGAAGCCACCCACUUCAAUUGAGCAAAAGUAUUGGAACAAACAUUAUUAAAUUAACUUAAAGUGAAUAACAUUUAAGAUUUGGUGGCAUAACCCUUACUUGCAAUAACUGCAUCAAGCCUGCGACCCACUGACUUCACCAGACUGUUGCAAUCUUCAUUUGAAAUGCUUUUCUAGGCCUUUACUGCAGCUGUUGAUACCCUUGGCCGGCCUGUUAAAUGUCUGUUGCUCAGUACACCAGUAGUUUCUUUCGUUUUCAGGACAUUCCAAAUUGUUGUAUUGCUAUGCCCAAUGUUUGUGCAAUAGCUCUGAUGGAUUUUCCCUCUUCUCUCAGCUUCAAGGUUCAGGUUUGCUUUUCUCCCAUAGACAGCUCUCUGGUGUUCAUGUUUGCUUAACAGCAAAUUCAGUUUUCACAGGUGAAACCCAAAGCCAAAAAUGAGCACUAUCUAAUUUUUAAGCAACCACAAUAAAAGGCAACGCCUGAGCAACUAGAAACACCCACCAGUCCCGUUCCAAUACUUUUGCUCACUUGAAAAGUGCGUGGGUUCACAGAAAAGGUGCUCUGUCCUGAGUUGUUUAACACAUCUAGAUGUAAAUCCGAAAUUGUCUUCAGUAUACAACAAAAACAAAGGUAUUGACCUCGCCGUUCCAAUACUUUUGGAGGGGACUUUAUGAUACAAAGUAAAAUCCUUGCUAGAAUGCGAUCAUACCAAAGCAUGUUAGCAUUUUAUCACUUACUUAAAAUAGUACUACAAUACAGGGCGAGAAAUAAAAUCCAUAUCUACCUAUUUCCUUUACGCAGGUUGCUAUCUUGCCAUGUGUUGCAUACCAUCUGCUACCAUGUCAGCAUUUAAUUAAUUUCAAGUUGAACACAACUCAAAAGGUGCAAUGUCGAUCUGCCUUAGCACUUUGUAUACUCAGGUUUAUAUCUUGCUGAAUGUUAGAAUGUGAAUUCUUUACAUGUUAGCAGUUUAUUAUUCACUUGCUAAAUGUUAGCUUAUCAACUGUUAUCGUUCGUGUUUUAUCAGCUCCCUUUUUCAUUCACUUGUUUUAUCUUGUUCUGUUAGCAUAUCAACUGUUAACAUGUUAGCAUUUUAACAGUUCCCUUUUAUCAUUCACUUGUUUUGUCAUCUUGCUCUAUGGUAGCAUAUCAACUGCUAACUUGUUAGCAUUUUAUCAGUUCCCAUCUAAAAUAGUAUACAAAAAAGGACACAAUGUAAAAUCCUUAUCAAUCUGCUUUAGCGCUUUGUGUAUUAAAGUUGCUAUCAUGCUAUAUGUUAGCAUGCCAACGGUUUACAUGUUAGCAUUUUAUCAAUUCUCAUUUGAACUGGUACCCAACUUGGACAUCAUGUAAAAUCCUUAUUGAUCCACCAUUAUGCUUUUAUGUACUCGGCUUACUGUCUUGCAAAAUGUUAACAUACCAACUGUUAGCAUUGCUAUCUUGACAUGCUUCAGUAUUUUCCGACUAGUCCAUUGAAGACCAAGACGUUUCCAAAUUAACAUGAUUUGUCCCCACAGGUUGUUAGCAUGCUAGCUGUUACCAUUAAGUUGUUAUAUACAGUCCUGCUCACAAUUAUUGGCACCCAUGAAGUUUAAGUACUAAAUUAGGAAUAUCUUCUGAAGAAAAAGAAUAAAGUGAAACAAAUUUUUUUCUGUAAAUAACUUCAUUUGAUACAAAAGAGCUAAUGCCAUUCAUCCAUUUUCUGAGCCGCUUUUCCUCACUAGGUAAUGCAUUUACAUGAUUAAGAGUCCUGCAGUUUUUUUUUGUUUUUCAUUCAUUUAGCUGUUUUUUUCCCUAAAAUUGGUUAAUCUAACUUUUUACUCAUUUAUUAUUUAUCCAUCCAUUUUCUGAGCCGCUUCUCCUCACUAGGGUUGCGGGCGUGCUGGAGCCUAUCCCAGCUAUCAUCGGGCAGGAGGCGGGGUACACCCUGAACUGAACAUAUAAACAAACAACCGUUCACACUCACAUUCACACCAAUAUUACAAUUAUAAAUUUUUUUAAAUUACUUUGGACCUCCAAUUAAAAGAUCCUGAUGAUAUAUGAUAUUGAUAUAUGAUAUUUCCAUGUAUUUCUGAAGAUACUAUACAGGUUAUGCAAAAAAUGAAGGGGUGCCAAAUGCCAGUAAUGCUGAGCAGGACUGUAUAUUUUUUUGGACGAUUAUUUUUCUACCAAGUGCUGCGCAGCUAUGACAUUUAUGCAAAUGUGACACCAGUCACUGAAGCAUGAAUCUUGACGGAACAGCAAGACACACCAUUUUGUUAUGACAAAAACAGGCCGUUGUUGUGCAGGAGGUUUUCAUGUAUCCAAGAUCUUUAAUACGCAAGAUGGCCAGAAUCCACUGCAUUUUUUUCAUCUGCUGCCUGGCCGUGUUCCCUACCAGGGCGAAGGUGUCCUUGGAGGUGGACAGGCCUUGGCUGAGAGUCCAGCUCGCCCACAGGGCCGUGCUGGAGUGCUGCUACCAGACCGACGCGGCCUCGGUCCAAACCGCUUGGCUCAUGCACGGCCAGCCCACCGACGGCACCGCUGUCCCGGUUCCGGUCCCCGUGUCAGACCGGGUGAGCUCAGGCUACACGACGAACGCCAGGGUCACCUGCGGGACCCUGACUUUUGCGGAGGUGAAGUUGGCCGAUUCGGGUCUGUACCGAUGCUGGUUCAACAUCACUGGCAUUUUCACGCCUGGCACCUACCUGCAAAUCUACGAGCCGCUGAAGAAGACGAUAAACCUCAGCGAAAAGACCAAAGACAGCAUCUUGAUGGCCGAGGGAAUGUUACUUUUUCUGUGUGUCCUGGUGCCUUCGGCCAUGCUCCUGCGCAAGUCCAUGCAACUCCAAGCACUUCAGCAGAGGAAGGCAAAGAGGGAAGAGGAGAACAUCUAUCAGGGCCUCAAUCUGGAUGACUGUGACAAGCCAGCGGGCCUCUACCACGAUCUGGUUGCCAUUGUGCAGGAAGAAAUCCACCUGGAGAACCCAUAAAUGGAACAGAAGUGUCAGAAUUAGUGGGGCAGAAAGAGGAGUCUUUGUUUAUCAAACUGCAUGUGAUGUCUCCAUAUCCGAUAGAUUCGUGACUGCAUGCAUAGCUUAUUGUAUCCAGCAAUAUAGUGUUUAAUCUGCUUCUCUGGUUUGUGACUCUAUAUUUAUUUUUAACCUUGAAAAGACAACCCAAUUUCAAAGUACAUGGAAUUAAAACUCCAAACAGAUUUUAUAGUCCUCUGUGGGCCAUACUAAAUUUAUGUAAACUAUGAUGUAACAAUUGAACAACUAAUACGACUUUUAUGAGCAUUUGUGUGUUUUAUGACAGUUCCUCUGAGGAUAUGUUUUUUUUUUUUAAUAGUUGCACGGUGGGCAAAUAAAUAGCUCUAUUGGUUGUGCAUUCCCUAUCGAGAACACCCUUUGUAUUUUAUUUUUUUUUAAUGAUUUUUUUAAAUGAAUAAAAUUAAAAACUACUCAUGAGCUCUC